UUUCCCGAAGGUCGCAAACAACGACGGCGUUCGAGCGAUACGAAACCUCCGCUAGGUGACCACAUUGGUACGAAUGAUAUACCUGCGGUUGUCAAGAUAAUGAAGAAAACGGGCGAUGAGGUGGUGAACUUUGCGGACAUCGUGCUGAAGAUCAACAAACGCAACAAAAUGCAGAGCCGUAUCUUGCUCAUUACGGGUACGAUAUUGGAUUUGGCUGUGGCUUAGACGUUCUAGUGCAC